AUGGUGAAAUUGUUCUUGUCCCAGCCCAGGCAGAACGACAGUGGCACCAUAGAUCAAGUGAUUUUGCCUCUGUUGAACAAAUUGGGAUCUCACAUUCGAUCAUUGGUGACUGGUGGAGCUCGAUCAGAAGCUAGACUUUGGCUCUGCACUGCUCUUUCUACUAUUUCUAUAUCCCCUAGACGCCAACUCAAUGUUUUCAUGAGGCUUUUGAGACCAAAGCCCAGAAAGAUGCAGCUUGUGUCACAGCUUCUGCAAAUGAUGUUUGAUAAGAGCCCGAGGAAGCUUGGAUCUGUGUUAGCCAAAAGAAGUUUUUUACUCGAGAAAUUCUUUCAAGGGAAUCCGAAGCGUAUGCUGCAGUGGUUUUCUGAAUUUGCUUUUGAUGGCGGCUCUGAUCACAAAAGAGGUGCAAGAGCAUUGGCGCAGUUUGCAUUUGCCAACCGGGAUAUUUGCUGGGAAGAGCUUGAGUGGCGGGGAAAACACGGGCAAUCGCCUGCUGUUGUUGCUACCAAGCCUCAUUACCUUCUUGAUCUAGACAUCCAACGAACCAUUGAGAAUUUCCUCGACAAUGUUCCUGACUUCUGGUCAUCCAACGAGUUUGCUGCGUCACUCAAAGAUGGCCAGAUUUUAUCCCUUGACACCAAAUUCUUUCUUGAUCUCUUUCUCCGUUUCAUGUACGAGGACGAUAUGAAUGAUGUGUGGGAUGCUGUAGAGGAGUUUCUAACGGAGGAGUCUUUCUCCUCCUUAACCCAGCAUCUCCUUAUCACUCUCGAAGAACCUGAAUUAUGUCAAUUUCUGGAAUUGCUUGGCAACUAUUUCAGUCCAAGCAUUGAUACCUGGGAUACUAGUUGCUCGUCUUGCUGGCUCGGGGCUGUCCUUUCAAGAUAUGCUGACAUGGAAUCUAUUGACGAGCUACUACUGCUGAAUUCUAUUAUCAACCAAGGUCGUCAGCUGCUACGUCUUGUACGUGAUGAGAACGUCAAUGACGAGGGAGAAAUGUUGAAAGAAACCAUGGCAGAAAUUUGCAGAGUUUUGGAAAAUAGCAGUAGCAUUUCUCUAGUUCCGAAAGAUCUUUUGAAGAUGAAACACGUAGGGGUGAUAAGAAUACUUGGACUACUUUCUUGGACUAUUCACUUCAGAUUAUCUGAGGAAUGUCAGACUCCAGAUUCAUGGGAGUUUCUAUUUAAAGAAAAUGGAAUUGAGUUCCGCAGGUCCAGUGACCACUCGUUGCUGAGCCAUUACGGAUUCUCUGAAGAAAGCGAAUCUGACUCUGAUGGUAAAAGCCAUGUUUCUAACAAGAGGCACAAGAGGAGAAAGAACAAAAGGAAGAAGAAAAAGAAGAGCGCUAUUGAUGAUGAUGAUGAGCUUUUAGGUCUGCAUCGAAUAAGUCGAAGUUGGUUGCUAUCUACUGAUGGGUUUUCCGCAACAUGGACCAGUAUUCACCAUCGCACAUCAUACGAGUUAAUUUUCAAGAGCAUUGUAUUUGAGAUUUCCACAGUUGCAAUCUAUGCAUAG